GCUCAACUUGCGCUGCUAGUGCUCAAAAUGGUUUUUUUGUCGAACGUCAACGAGGACUGCGCUAGAGAGAUAGUGGCAUAAGUAUCUCGACAUGCAAUCUCUGAAGUCUCUUUCCCAAGUCUCAACAAACCAUGCACUACUCACCAGUGGCCUGCGAUUUCGAUUCGUGACUUUCGGUGCUAUCAGUGGGCGUCGAGUCGACCCUGAAAAAAUCACGAGUUAUUGUGAAUACGUGCUGCAGAAGAACCUCGCUCAUAACAUCAAACGUAUCACUGUCGGCGCGCCCGAGAUUACCAGCGAAGGAACCCCUAUCGACAAACCUCUGUUCUGCUGUAGUCUCGACGCACAUCAUUCUCAUCUCUUAGCGAGCCUCGUAUUGCGUGCCAUCCGCCUGUGCGAAUUCUCGUUCCAUUGCGACAGGCAGAGCACAAUGUCGUUCAUGGGCAAUCUGAGUAUCAUCAAUGCCCUCACCGCAUGCCCGCUCGUCAAGCUCUCUCUGACGGGAGCAACUCCAUCGGUUGUCAAUGCCAUUGGAAACAUACAAUCCCUCCGUACUCUUCGACUCAUUAUGGAAGAUAGGUCGUCGGAGACCGUCGCAGCUGGCCUCUCGGCGAUCUUGCGCAACUCAUCAGACACCCUCGUCCAUCUCACUAUUUCAGCCCCAGAAACGAGCCUCGUUCCAGAUCCCUUGGAAAAAACAAUCACUCUCCCUUAUGUUCGGUCCCUGGCUUGGCAUGUCCAUACUCUCGCAGGAUCCUCACCCGCCGAUCUGCAUCGGGCUUUCCCAAGCAUACGGAGUCUCUCCACGACGAGUCGCAUCCUCGCACGCCCUCCAAGGCCAAACGAUUUCGCUUCGACUACCGUAUUCCCGAUUUCUGUCGCUGGAGACCGAAAUGCAGUCAUGGCAUAUGGUGAUCUAGGCGGAGUCGUUCACGCCAUGUCUAGUCCUACCGCACCCUUGGGUAUGGUUGAAAGUGUUCGAAGUCUUUGGACCCACGCGAGCAGUCUCUUUCCGAGAUGCCAGCUGAACAGCCAAAUGCUCAUGCAGCUCGAGUUCAUUCACAUUUACCAUUGGCCAACAAACUAUGUUCUCGAGAAG